AUGUCCGACGAACCACCUCAGAGGGGAUUCUCUUUCCCUAAGGAAGAAGAAAAGAUUGGACAGUUCUGGGAAGACAUUGAUGCUUUCCAUACCUCCAUCAAGUUGAAUGAAGGUAACCCAGAAUGGGCUUUCUACGAUGGUCCUCCAUUUGCAACUGGUACUCCUCAUUAUGGUCAUAUCUUGGCUUCCACCAUUAAGGAUGUCGUUCCAAGAUUCCACUCCAUGAAAGGUAACUACGUUGAAAGAAGAUUUGGUUGGGAUACUCAUGGUGUUCCGGUCGAACACGAAAUUGACAAGAAAUUCAACAUCAAAGGUAAAGCUGAUGUCAUGGAAAUGGGUAUUGAAAAUUACAACAAAGAGUGUAGAGCUAUUGUCAUGAGAUAUGCUAAUGAAUGGAGAAGUACCAUCGGUAGAUUAGGUAGAUGGAUUGAUUUUGACAACGAUUACAAAACCUUGUAUCCAACCUUUAUGGAAUCCGUUUGGUGGGUUUUUGCUCAAUUGUUCGAAAAAGGUCUUGUUUACAGAGGUUACAAAGUCAUGCCAUAUUCAACUGGUUUGACCACUCCAUUGUCCUCUUUUGAAGCCCAACAAAAUUAUAAGGAUGUCUUGGACCCUGCCGUAACCGUUGGUUUCCAAUUGUUGGAUGACCCUAAGACCUUCUUUGUUGCCUGGACUACCACCCCAUGGACCCUUCCAAGUAACUUGGCUCUUUGUGUCAAUGAAAACCUUGAAUAUGUCAAGAUCUACGAUGAAAAUAAGGACAAGUUCUUCAUCUUGAUGGAACCAUUAAUUACUACCUUGUACAAGAAGCCAAAGAAUGAAAAGUAUAAGGUUGUUGAAAGGUUUAUGGGUAAAGAUUUGGUUGGCAUGAAAUACAAACCUUUGUAUGACUACUUCUAUGAAGAGUUCAAGGAUUAUGCUUUCAAAGUCAUCUCUGCUGAUUAUGUUAGUGCUGAAAGUGGUACUGGUAUUGUCCAUCAAGCACCAGCUCAUGGUGAAGACGAUAACAUUGCUUGUACUAAACAUGGUGUUGUCUCUGAGUCAAGACCAGGACCAUGUCCAAUCGAUGAUGCUGGUAACUUCACCAGUGAAGUUAAAGACUUUGAAGGUCUCUACGUCAAGGAUGCUGAUAAGAAGAUUAUCAAGGAUUUGACUGCCAAGGGUAAUCUUUUGGUGAAUGCCCAACUUAGACAUAGUUACCCAUUCUGUUGGAGAUCUGACACUCCUUUGCUUCAAAAGACUAUCCCAGCUUGGUUUAUUAAAGUCAAAGACCAUGUUCCAGAAAUGUUGGAUAAUGUUGAAAAGACUAGAUGGGUUCCUUUGACCGUUAAGAACAGAUUCUUGAGUUGGAUUAACAAUGCUAGAGACUGGAACUUUUCCAGAAGUAGAUACUGGGGUACCCCAAUUCCUUUGUGGGUAAGUGAUGACUACGAAGAAGUCAUCUGUAUUGAUUCUGUCGAGAAAUUGAAGAAGUUGUCAGGUAGAGAUGACAUCACUGACUUGCACAGAGAUAGUAUCGAUGGUAUCACUAUUCCAUCUCAAAAGGGUAAAGGUACCUUGCACAGAAUUGAAGAAGUGUUUGAUUGUUGGUUCGAAUCUGGUUCCAUGCCUUAUGGUUCCAAACAUUAUCCAUUUGAAAACAAGGAAUUGUUCCAAAAUGGUUUCCCAGCCGACUUUAUUGCCGAAGGUUUGGAUCAAACUAGGGGUUGGUUCUACACUUUGACCGUCAUUGGUACCCUUCUCUUCAAGAGUUGUCCAUUCAAGAAUGUUAUUGUUAAUGGUAUCGUUUUAGCCAGUGAUGGUAAAAAGAUGUCCAAGAGAUUGAAGAAUUAUCCAGAUCCAGGUCUUAUCUUGGACAAGUAUGGUGCCGAUGCCUUGAGAUUGUACUUGAUCACCUCUCCUGUUCUUAAGGGUGAAUCUUUGAGAUUCAGUGAAGAUGGUGUUAAGGAGGUUAUCUCUAAGGUUUCUUUGCCAUGGUUAAAUGCUUUCAAAUUCUUGGAAGGUCAAGUUAGCUUGUUGCAAAAAGAGCACGGUGUUAAGUUCUUGUACGAUACUGAAUUGAAAUCUGAAAAUGUUAUGGAUAGAUGGAUCUUGGCCUCCUUACAAUCUUUGAUUGAAUUCAUCCAUGAAGAAAUGGAAGAAUAUAGAUUAUACACUGUUAUUCCAAAAUUGUUGCAUUUGAUUGAUAACUUGACUAACUGGUACAUUAGAUUCAACAGAAAGAGAUUGAAGUGUGAAAAUGGUGUUGACGAUGGGUUGAAGGCUAUGAACACUUUGGCUCUCACUUUGUUGACUUUGUGUAGAGCUAUGGCUCCAUUUGCUCCAUUCUUAGCUGACAAUAUUUAUCUUCAAUUGAAGCCAUUCUUCCCAGCUGCCUAUUUGAGUAAUUUAUCUGAGGACACGAGAUCUGUUCAUUUCUUGAGUUACCCAGUUGUUGACAGAUCCAAGUUUGAUGCAAAGAUUGAACAAGCUGUCUCUAGAAUGCAAAAGGUCAUUGAAUUGGGUAGAGUUAUCCGUGACAAGAAGGCUAUCUCUUUGAAGAACCCAUUGAAGACUUUGGUCAUUUUACACUCUGACCCAGAAUACUUGGAAGACAUCAAGUCCUUGGAAUCAUACAUCCUUGAAGAAUUGAACGUGAGAGAAUUGGUUAUUACUUCCGAUGAAAAGAAAUACGGUGUUGUAUACACUGCAGUUGCUGACUGGCCAGUUUUGGGUAAGAAGUUGAAGAAAGAUGCUAAGAUCGUCAAGAAUGCUUUGCCUAAAUUAACUAGUGCUGAAGUUCAAGCCUACUUGGAAACUGGUGAAAUUGUUCUUGAAGGUAUCAAGCUUGUUGAAGGUGACUUGAAUGUCAUUAGAGGCUUGCCAGAAACCGAAGAUAACACUGGUUAUGAAGCUAAGACCGAUAACGAUGUUCUUAUUAUUUUGGACGUUAACCUUUACGAUGAUUUGAAGGCCGAAGGUUUGGCCAGAGAAGUCAUCAACCGUAUCCAAAGAUUGCGUAAAAAGGCUGGUUUGCAAGCUACUGAUGAUGUUACCAUUGAAUUUGAAAUGAUCAAGGAUACUCUUGGUUUGGACAAGGUCAUUUCCCAGUACUCUGAAAUGUUGGAAAAGACUUGCAGAGGUCCUAUCAGUACCUUCAAGGAUGCUCCUGAAGAUAAGGUUAUUAUUGAUGAAGAGCAAGAAAUCCAACAAGCUACAUUUAAAUUGAGAUUGCUUAAAUUAUAA